GAUCAGCUGACCAUGGACGCUUUGAAGGGGAAGAGCAUGUAGUCUCCAAAUGCCAAGUCUCUACAGUGACACCGUGAAAGGGAGGGGGAGGACUAGAGCUGAGCAGUGAGCAAUAGUUCACUAGAUGUGGGAUACAGAGUGGGAUCUGCAGCAGAACGAGAUCAGAUAGCAGUUAUACUAAGAAAGUGUGAGACACGUGGAAGAGGAGAGACUGUCGACUUCCCAUGACUCUAAAAUAACCUGUGAGGAAUUGAUUUUUUGAUUGGAAUGGACCCAACAGGCCGCGUGAACCCUAUAUUCAUUUAAUUUGGGAUAGCUGUGAUCAAGUUGUUGUGCUAUUCUGAGGGUCAAAAUUAUGACUUCAGAUCUUCACUGAAGUCAUUUUGUAAUUUCUGAUCUAUUUCUGAUGAUCUGGAUUUCAGUUGAGCACUGACUCUGGAAUACAUACGAGUGACUGUAGUGCUCUGCUCAAUUAGCAGAGAAAGAGAUGCAUUAUAAUCUGGAGUCAGAGACAUGAAGAUACUCUGUGGUCAUUCACUUUUCUGUUUCAAGAGGAUAGUGGGAUUCUACUCUUAACAGAAGAAAACAGGUGAAGGAAGCCUGAGGAGAAACAUGCAGCAGUUUGGCUAAGAAACUGGGAGAAAAGGAAAGUUGGAAAUCAACUUUUAUUGGAGACAGUUGCACUCAAGAAUCUACAAUCUGUGCUGGACAGAGUUGAGCACUUGGUGUGAACCUGGUCAGUUUUAUAUGAGCCGGGCUGAUCGUGUGAAGCCCUGUGGCUGCGUCCCACUGAGGCAUGAGUGUGGGAAGAGCCCACCACCACACUUUCUUGUCCUGUGAAGAAGAAGGCCUCCGACUCAGCACCAUGCCGGCUGUAGGCAGCUUUGGAAAUGGCAAGAUCCACACAAGACGUAAAUACCACAGCCGGUUUGUCAGCAAGACCGGCCAGUGCAACGUCCACUUCUCAAACAUGGACGAGAAAUCGCAGCGGUACAUUUCUGAUAUUUUCACAACUUGUGUGGACAUCCGCUGGCGAUACAUGUUCCUGCUGUUCAGCCUGGCAUUUGUGGUGUCCUGGCUGACAUUUGGUUUGGCCUACUGGGUCAUCGGCCUUAUGCAUGGUGACAUGGACCAUCCUGCAGGAGACGACAGUUUUGUUCCUUGUGUCACGCAGGUUAACACUUUUGUGGCAGCUUUCCUGUUCUCCAUCGAGACCCAGACAACCAUCGGGUAUGGAGCUCGCUGUGUCACGGAGGAAUGUCCAGCAGCUGUCUUCAUGGUGGUCUUUCAGUCCAUCAUGGGCUGCAUCAUCGAUGCCUUUAUGAUUGGUGCCAUCAUGGCCAAGAUGGCGAGACCCAAAAAGCGAGCAGAGACGCUACUGUUCAGCCACAAUGCAGUGAUUGCUUUGCGUGACGGGAAGCUGUGCCUCAUGUUCAGGGUUGCUAAUCUGAGGAAAAGCCACAUUGUGGAGGCUCAUGUGCGAGCUCAGCUGGUGAAGCCUCGCUACACAGAGGAAGGCGAGUAUAUCCCCCUGGAUCAGAUUGACAUGAAUGUGGGCUACGACAAAGGCACUGAUCGCCUGUUUCUGGUUGCACCCCUCACUGUCAUACACGAGAUUGAUGAAGAAAGUCCACUUUUCGGCAUCAGCAAGCAAGAUCUGGAAACAUCCGACUUUGAGAUAGUAAUAAUACUUGAAGGGCUGGUGGAGGCCACAGCCAUGACGACACAAGCUCGCAGCUCUUACUUGGCUUCUGAGGUCUUGUGGGGUCACCGCUUUGAGCCCGUCAUCUUCGAGGAGAAGAGCCAGUAUAGGAUAGAUUACGCCUACUUUCACAAGACAUUUGAAGUCCCGUCCACCCCAAGAUGCAGUGCAAAGGACAUGGAGGAGAGAAAAUUCCCAACAUCUGGCGCCAACUCCUUCUGCUACGAGAACGAGUUGGCCUUCAUCAGCAGGGACGAGGAGGAUGAGGGAGACAUGGAGAAAGAGGAGGACAGGAAAGGUUCGUCUGAGUUAGGGAACAAACUGACUGCUCCUGGACAUGAUCAGACACCCUCCCGUAGAGAAUCAGCCAUUUAACCUGUUUAGUUGUGUUUGGAUCCAUAGGAGCGUUGUGUGGAGAGCCCUGUGACUGUCACUGACAUGAGGACACCACUGAAAAGAUUUACUGCUGAGCACCAGCAGAACUGACCUCCAGCAUACAAACAAGAGUGAAACUCAUUGUACUUUUCAUGGGAGGAACUUGUUUUCUUUCCUGAGAUGGUUAUUGAGCUUUAUCAAAUGCAAACAGAACUGUCAUGUUUAUCAUAGUAAUAAAGUGCAUGACAAUAGCAUAGUUUUGUAUAAACAUUUUGAGAAUUGUUUGAUGAUUGUAGAUGCUGUUCCUCAAAUAUAUGAUUUACAAACUAUGUGUGCAGUGAAACUGAUGGAAAACCUGAAGACUAUUUCUCCAUCUGGUAGAAAUCGAUUUAGAUCAAAAGUGGAUUUUCAUCUUAAUGAUAUAACUUGUGAACAUCAGGACUCUAAAUAUUCAACAUUAUACAGUGUCAGUGGAUGACUUGGUUAGUUUGCACACAACUAAUUUACUUACAGUUUGGCCUGCACAUUGCUAUGGGAAACACCUGACAAAGUAGAGUUUUUCAUCACAAAAAGGGAAAGACACACCUGAUGAUACAUCAUAUGGAUGUUUUGCAUAGUACGAGAUCAAAGUAUUCUCCUCAACCUUUCAUUUCGCCCAGUGAUGUUUACCAGUAACUUUGAGAGAAUCCGAAUCAAAUGACUGGUUUGUUCACUUUCCACAUACAAAGUGCAGUUUGUUUUGUUGCUGGAGGAAGACUUGUCAUCUGGAACUCCUUGGUUUCAGGUGGUGGUACAUAAUAGGAGGGUUACUAUUUCUAGUUUUGCGUUGGUUGAAAAGUCAGUGUCCCGUUGAUUUUAAAAGGACUGAAGCUGACUCAUUCCAAAACAAGAAAGGUGUCCGAACAUCAUACUUCGUGCUUAGUGACUGACAAAGGCAACAACAAACAGGUCCAAGUCAAAAAGCUUACAGAUCCAUGUGGAAAACUUGGAACUAAAGAAAUUGCACUUAUCAGUGAAGCUUUACUGACAAGCUAAAAGGAAGCUUCCAAUCAUUACUGCAUUUUCCCCUUUAACACUGCAAGAAACAGAACUAAAUACACAACCUUAAGUCAUAUUUUCUGGGGUUAUUGGAGAGAAACGAACCAAAAUGUAAUAAACUGAAGAUCACAGCUGCUAAUAUUAGUCCACACAUACAAUAUAGUACCAUCCAGUAGUGGCAUCCCCACAGUGAGGAAAUACUCCACUCAAAAUAAUGUAAUUGGAAAUACUGCUGACCUUGGAACUAAUCUGGAGUAGGAUUGUCGCAAUCAUGAACUCUUAUCUAGCAAUGGCGUUAACAAUUAAAUUCUCUUGUUCUGUUAUUUUUUUGCCUUUAUUAGUCUUAGAUGAGUGAUAUUUGCAUCUUUUAAACCGUCCUUUUGUUACAAAUCUGAUAAAUCCUCUAAGUUGUUGGGCUCUCCUUUCUCGUUUUCCUUGUAUUUGUAACAAAAUCAAUGGCAUUAAAGGCCAAAAUAAUUUUCACUUUGCUGUUUUUUAAUUGAUCUAACAGAAAACUAGACUCCUGUACCUCCUCUAACUGACAUGCAGUAGGCCAAAUAUAACAAAUUAAGCACCUUAAGUUUAAUAUUUGGUGUCAUUUAACCACAGCAGAAGAAAGGGACACAAACUAUGGAAAACAAAAAGGAAACUGCGACUGAAACGUGACAUUUCUGUUAGUUUUAUCCAACUGUUUUCCUACAGGUGAAUGAAACCAAGUAUAACAAUUAUGCAAAAUGAACACAGUCUUACUUGUUUUGCUUUACUUUGGCACAUUACAGUCUUCAGAUAGAAUGAAUAGAACAGAAAUACUUUUUUGAUACCUAGGUAGAAAUUCUGUUGCUACAGUCGCAAGCAGAAAGAGUCCAGUGACUACCACCCCCACCAGAAAGGAAAACAUUUUAUAUAAUAUCAAAGUAAUAGAAAAAUAUAGUAAAAUACAAAAUGUACAAUAAAGUGUAAAAUACACUAUGAAAUUAAAAAAUGCACUAAAUUGAAAAAUGCACCAUAAAAUGUCAAAUGCCACCAAUGAAAAUAUACAGUGAAUGAGGAAAUUAAACAGAAGCAAAAAUGCAGAUUAACAUGUGGACAAAUCUGUUGAUCAAAUCCACUGAAUCUGCUAUAAUUAGACAAUCCAAGGCAGGUUGAGCAAAAAAAUUUCCUCUAAGGUGCAAUAAAAUGUGUGUUCCCAAAGAAAAAUAUAAAUUAAGUUGCACAUCCUUAUAAAUCCACUAUCAAAAUCAAAGAACUAGCACAUCAAGUUCAACCCUUCCUGUGACUUAAAGAUAUAAAAACACCGUGAGGACGAGAAACUCCAACUGUAACAUCCCACAUACUGUAAUCAAAGACUUGACACAUAAUUUCUGGAGAGGCCCCACAGGCAGAAGAAAUUUCUAAUUAAAGACAUCUGAAAGGAAACCUUGUCACAUAGCGACCCAGGACAGACAGAGUGGAGUAGUACUGUGUCACGUUUGCUCUGUAUCGAGUUAAAAGGCCGAAUCCAUAAACUACUGACCAAAAGGGAAACCCUGACAAGACAGCACUGCCUGAGGAGACACUGUACAUGUCUUAGAGGGAUUUGAAUUAAUAUGAGGACACUUUAGUCGUGAUUCUUGAAUGUUUUAGAUGUUUAUUGGAUAUAUUUUGUAAUCUUUUAGACAAAAUUUGAUAUUUUUGUGACAAUAAGAUUGAAAAUUUUCUAGAUCGGAUCAGGUUUUAUCCCAUGAUUUAACAGGAAAACAUGCAGAAGAUGAGGAAGCAUGAGUUGAAAAAAGUGGGAAAUAUCUCAUUAUUAAAUGUCAGUUCGGAGAUAAGAAAUCAUACCUUGAAGUGAAUUCAUGUUUUUAAAUCAGAAAAACAGCUUCAACAGAAAACCCUGAAUGGCCGAACGUAAAUCUGACCUGUUCAUAAUAAAUUCUGUUUGGCAGAAUCACCAACUUCCAAAUAAAAACCUUGAAUAAAUGCACUUUAUUGACAAAAUGUGGUUUUAGUACCAGUUUAUGUUGCUUUUCUAUAUUCCUGCGGCGUCAUUGUCAUCUUUCACUGCCUUUUUUUGUUCUUUUAUUGUUAAUAAAUGAAGAUACCAGGCCAGACUGUGUAACUGAUCCCAGGUGAGAUGAAUCCAUUUUUCCCUCCACAUUUAUCAACCUAAGAAUUUUCAUGUGGGUUAACUUAUACACCUGACUGCCAUUUCAGCAGACUUCAACACAUUUGUAUUUAUAUAUUGCUGACUUGUGCGAAAACAUGGGAAUGGGCUCGCUCUGGAAAACAAAUGGUGGUUCCUCUGCCGUUUGCACAAAGAGCCGGGUCAAGGUUGAACCAUUUAUACAUUUGUCAGGCUGAUAUUGUAAAUAAAUGAGUUCUUUCUC